AUUGAAUAUCAUCAAACACUUUCUAAACCAAUAUAACAGAUAUAACUUUAGUUAAUGGUAUUUUAUUUAACCGUAAAAAUAGUUGAGAACCGACCUGUCAAGGCAGGGAAAGUCUUUAGUUGUCCUACCUGAAAGAGCGAUCACACGGGCAAUGUGGGAAAUGUAGUUUUUGAAAAUUGCUCCUCAUCCCGCGAAAAAAGCACAAAACUGCUUGUAAUCGUUUAUUUCUUUCAAAUAACACCCUUUUGAAUAAUGUGCACUUUGCAAUAAUAAUAAUGAGCUCUUAAACGAUAUACUCGUAUUUGAACAUUUACAUUAAAGUAGUUUGUCAUGGUUAAUUUCAAGGGUAGAACAUCUUUGUUCUUCUUUUUCUGGCUGUGUCUUAAAUUGACAGACUGAGCCGGAUUCUGCUCGCACAGCAGAGAUGAAUAGAUCAGGAUCUUUGCAGUGAUUCCGUGAGACCAUGAAGUCAGCCAACCAGGCCGGAGGCUAAAUGACAGCGAGGCAUCACCGCGCUGGUGGACAAGAUGUGUCACAUCUGGAGGGAAGGAGGAGGAAAAAAGGUGGUGGGAGAGAGGAGGGAAAAGGGGGAUUAUUGGAGAGGGUGAGCCUCAGUCCUGAGAGGUUUUACAACAUGGACCAUGACGAUCAGGAAUGAGACUGACCACAAUUAACACCUUCUUUCUUUUAUGUCGCUGGAAGCAAACAUGAGAUAUGGCUCUCCUGAGAAAAAUAAACCGGGUCCUCCUGGUGCUGCUGGUCUUGAUGGUGUGUUUACUCCUGCACAGUACUUUCCUCAGAGCUUCAACGAGACCCAGACUCUCAGAUCGCUGGAAGAGCCUCGGAAAUGCGGCACAUGUCUCAGCAGUAAGAGAGUCGGAGGCGGAUAGCGUCGUCCCCAUCAUCGUUUGUGCAUCCGAGGAGCGUAUGGGUGCUAGCAUGGCGACCAUCAACAGCGUCAAAAGCAACACAGAUGCCAAUGUGUUCUUCUACAUCGUCACUCUCCGUGAUGCUGUGAAGAUGACGAGGCAGUACAUAGAGAAGUCUAAACUGAAAGGCAUAAAAUAUAAGAUCGUGGAGUUUAACCCCAUGGUACUCAAAGGAAAAGUGAAGCCUGAUUCCUCCCGACCUGACCUGCUGCAUCCGCUCAACUUUGUGCGCUACUACUUACCUCUCCUCGACAUCAACCACAAGAGGGUGAUAUACUUAGAUGAUGACGUCAUUGUGCAGGCCAACAUCGGGGAGCUGUUCAGCACCAAACUGAAGCCGGGUCACGCUGCUGCCUUCGCCACAGACUGCGACCUUCCCUCCACACAUGAGAUGGUGCGAAGCAUCGGCAUGCAGACGACGUACAUGGGCUUCCUGGACUACAGGAAAAAGACAGUUAGAGAUCUGGGCAUCCACCCCAGAGACUGCUCCUUCAACCCGGGAGUGUUCGUGGCGGAUGUCGACGAAUGGAAGAAACAGAAGAUCACCAAACAGCUUGAGAAAUGGAUGGAGGAGAAUUUCAGGCAGAACAUCUACAGCAGCGCCAUGGCGGGAGGCGUGGCUACUCCACCCAUGCUCAUAGUGUUUCAUGACAAAUACACGACACUUGACCCGAUGUGGCACGUCAGACACCUGGGCUGGAGUCCGGACGCCCGCUAUUCAGAAAACUACCUGCAGGAGGCCCGGCUGCUGCACUGGAAUGGCCCGUUCAAACCCUGGAGCUACCCCGCGGUGCAUUUAGAGCUGUGGGAGAAAUGGUACAUCCCUGACCCCUCCGGAAAGUUCUCCUUGGAACGACCCGAGAGUGAUAGCUGAGGGUGCGGAGCGUACCAUGUGUGAGCGACAGGGGAGCGGAGAGCUGAGCCGAUCAUUGGCGGAAGGUGAAAUAGGAAAGUGAUGAAAGAAGAGAUGGAGAGAUGUAGAGAUGUGUUCAAAGACAAAGUAAAGAAAUUCUGAAUAGUAGUUAGACAUUUCUGUUUUUAUAAACUGAGAGAAAUAUGUUCAUGUGCUAACCUGAGAUACAUUUAAGAACCUGGUUUUUACAUUUUCUCAUCUUUUUAUGUUUAAAUUAUCCAAAGAUUGAGUUUUGUAAAAAGAAAAAUGGUAAAAGCUUCAAAAAGCUUUAGG